AAUCGUUCAACACCAAAGCGCUGUCAAAUUGCCAGCAUUGACAAUGGAAGCGCCCUUGCCACCACGGUAUCACCCUAACGGAAUUAUUUGUCAUCGAGUUCAAAAACGCUCAAGAUAUGCUAAAGUAUGGUACCGGAACCAGGAGAGCUCUCCCUUCUUACGGCUGCCAGCCGAGAUCCGCUGCAUGAUUUACGAGCAUCUGCUUGGCGGCAAAACAAUCUAUGUCGAGUCGAGGGACAGGACAGCAGUAUUUAGGAAAUGUUUCCAAUGUGUCGUUUAUAGACAAGGCGUCAACCCAUUUAACGCACAACUACAAUGCGAGACAACACGACCACCUUUUGAAAAAUGUAUGACGCUUCUCAACGUUGCAUGCCGGCAGCUCUACAAGGAGACUGCUCUCCUACCUUACAGACGCAACACUUGGGCGUUUUCGAGUCGUCGUGUGUUUUUGGAUUUUGCCGGGUCGCGGGGCCCUCUUCCAUCUCCGCACCGAAGGUCUUUAAGGUCAUUAUUUCUGCGCGGAUUACCAGAAAAGCCCGACCUUAAGCCCCUCAUUGGUGUGAAGGUAAUAUGGUUGGAUUGUGGUCGCUGGAUUGAAAAGUACGAUGUCGAGACAGGUCAAAACACCCACCGCGCAGAGAAGACGACAGAAGAAAUUAAGAGGUUGCCAGAUGGGGAGCAUUGGGUUUGGUAA